AUGUCCGGCCGGAGGUGUCCUGGGGAGGCCACGGGGGGGCAAGAUUCCCACGGGGACACGAUUCCAGCGGCUCCUGCGCCUUCCCGACUGUUCUGUCCCCCGGCGCUCGCCGUAGCGGCGGCUGCGGGGUAUGUGGGUCGUGCGAGGGGCAAGAUGGCGGCGGGGGGCGCGGCGGACGCCCAGGCGCGGUUCGGGCACUCGGUGAAGGGACUGCUGACCGAGAAGGUGACGAGCUGUGGCACCGACGUGAUCGCCCUCACCAAGCAGGUGCUGAAGGGCUCCCGCAGCGCGGAGCUCCUGGGUCAAGCUGCUAGAAACAUGGUGAUGCAGGAAGAUGCCAUCCUGCACUCGGAAGAUAGUUUAAGGAAAAUGGCCAUAAUAACUACUCAUCUACAGUACCAGCAAGAAGCAAUUCAGAAGAAGUGAGUAUCCAGCUGAAGGAGGACCUGGGAGAUUGUCGAGCAGUCAUCAAACCUACAGGACCAGCUGAGUCACUUGCUGAAAUGAAGCACAGCCGAAGGCACAAGGACACCUCAGCCGGCCCAGGCAUCCUUUUCCCUCCAUACCCCAGUGUUCUGACCUGUGUCUGGGUGGUGCUGGAUGUCACCUGAGGUGUGUGCAGAGUUCCUGAGCAUGUGGGCCCCCCUCACAUGCCUCCACCCAUGUCUCUGCUCCAGAACAUUUGCGUGCGCCUGACUGGAACAAACUUACCUGAAACCUUAUUCCCUCCAACAAUCCCUGUGUCUACUCACUUCCUGUGUAGUGUGAGGUCCGGUGCCCACUCCAGUACACAAGGAACCCACAUUGUUCAGCUGAUGCUCACAGACCAUGUGCUUGGGAUGGUUUGCUGCCACAGGAAGUGGCGUGUGAUGCUCCUUCAUGGCCACAGGGUGACUUCCCUCUCCAUCCCUCUGCUCAGCUAGAAGCCAUCUCCUGUGAAAUGGUGGAAGAGUGGUGACUGUGUCUGCCUGGGACCAGCAGGCACAAAGUUGUGUCCACUUCCCCUGCAUAAAACGAAGCCAUGGGGUUUAAGUCCAGGUGCCUGCAGUUUGUAUUUAGACAUGGAGAUGGAAGAGAAUGCAAUUUAUUCAGGGCAUGUUAAUCACUGGGAGCUGUGGGUGUCUGGGUGAGUGAGCAGUGCUUCAGCGUAGACUGAGGUGCCAGUCCUAGCCCAGAAUUCCUUGAAGCGGGACUAUGGGCACACAUCUCUGUCACUGGUCCAGCUGGACAUGGUUUGGCCAGCAUCCUGCGUGGAGGUUAUCUAGUUUUCCACUAUCCAUAAGUUUGGAACAUCAUCCCCUUGCCAACCUGUCUGUGCUGUCUUCGGCCUUCAACUGCAUUCCUCCAGCUCUGAAGCAGCCUUGGCUGUGUUCUGCAUUUGUAUCUGGUUGGGAAGAUAUCCAAAGGCCCAGUUGGGAAGCAGGCAGGAGAGCAUUGUGAGCCGGUGUGUUCAAUUCUGCACUGCUCUGUGUUUGGAGAACGAGAUUGGGCUCCUGUUUCCAUCCCAGGGAUUGAGAUCGGGACCGGGCUAUAAAUACUGUGCCUUGUCUUUGGUAAGUCACUUAUCUGGAGCACUUGGAGCGCAUGGAAAGCACUUGUUUGCCCGAGUGUGCUUUUCAUCAGCUGAUAUGACAAGGCAGGCUGCAAGCAGGCGUCAGCCUGCCACGUUCCUGUUGCAGUUGCGCAGCAAAGUGCUGCUGGUGUUGGGCUCCUGUGCUGCAGAGCUGUUUCCUGGAGAGGGUUUCUCCAUCCCCUCUAGUGCCACUGCCUGUUUGGGCUUCACCUGGUGGCACCCCAGCUCCUGCAUUCCCACAGAAGUGUCACUGUUAGCCCUGGAUCCACGGUGGGUACUUGUGCCUUGGAAGGGGCACAAGUAAAGCAUCCUGCUUUAUAGAUGCACUUUGGGAAUGAGUGUUUUCUCUGAGCAGCUGGUUAAGCUGUGAAUAACUUGCUGGGAAUAAAAGCUGCCCUGAGCACCACCAAACCACAGCAGUGUCUG